UACCCAGAAAUAAACGCGACGCUGAAACGGUCCUUAUGAAUAUUGAUAAAAGAAGAAAAGAAAAAAAAAUUAAAUUUCUGUGUACACAUACAAAAAUCUCUUUUUGCUGUGCAGCAGCUGUGGCGGAUGGUUAAAGUGGAAUUAUUACAUAUUUUCAAUCGUGAAUAGUGGUGCAUUGUGUAAGAUGGGCUCCAUCACGGCUCGUUGAUUUCGAUGGGGAUAUGUCGCUAUGAGGCAAACCCAAUGUACAUUAGGCAUACGAAUUCCUAGUGUAAUCAAGUGAAGAAAAGUGAUUGUAAGAAGUGCUAAAGGGGUGGAAGAGGCAAAGAAAGGCGAAAGAAGGAGAAGAAGAAGAGGAAGAAAAGUCGUCAAAAAUAUAUAUAUAUUUGUCAAAUUACUCGCAAUAAAAUGCAUUUAAAAUAAUUCAAUUAUACAAAAACAAAAAUUGCAUAAUUUCCCUGACAAAAAUGCAACAGCAACUUUAAUCGAAUCAAAAGAAAAGUUACCUGAUUUCGUUGACGUCAAUUUAUAUUGAGAGCCGCUCAAAUCCAACCCUUUCACCACCAAAAUAAUGUGUCGCCAUCAUCGUGAGUGUUCAACAAAUCAGCGAUAGCAUGACUCGUGACGGAGAGAUACCCGCCAUUUUCAACCCAAAACGGGUGCGUACACCAUCCGUUGUUGUGACUGGCGAAUCUCCGAAUGGUCCGUAUGGCGGCUUUAGUAAUGCGCUUAACACCAGCAAUCCACAAAUCGCCCACCAAGACUCAAUUUCUUCGAGUCAACAGGACCCGAGUGAAGUCAUAACAAUACAUCCGGAUGUACGCGAUGUCUCGACGCCGAUUGGUACGCACCCAGGUUUGCGGCGUGGAUUCAGUGCCGUUGGUGGCAGUUUUGUGAGUAGUUGUGGUGUAAGUGGCGUUACUGGUAUUGGAGGUGGUUCAAAUGAACCAGAUACGCCGCCCGGUUUGGAGGCGGGACCAGAUGGCACAGAAGUUCGUUUCCGACGACUAAAAGCUUGCAGAGAGACAUGUUGUUCCGAACUGGCGCGAAAGAUGUACUUUGGUGUUUGCGUCACCAUACUCGUCACCGCGUCAUGGGUUGGCGCAACGCAUUGCAUCAAAUUUCUCUACUUGAAUCGCAGCACCUACGCCAGUAUUACUGCAGACGACAUCGACAGCACAUCAAAUCGCGCCAUCGAAUUAGAUUUGGUCACCAAUAUGGAUGCUGACGAUCCAAAUAAUAUUCUGGGUAUCAGUGAUAAUUCGUUAAGCGUCACUGAGGUGGAAGAGGCUACAAAAUUUUUCCAAGUCGCACCACCAACUUUACCGGAGACGACAGUAUUUCGCGCACCCUUCUUCGCCGCCUGGUUCUUCACCAACUUUUCAUUCCUAUUCUUCCCCAUCUAUGUGCUAGGUCGCGUAUCGUUGCGAAAAUGCGACAAGCCAGGCGAGAUCUUGGGUGACGUAUUGCGCGGAUUUCGCGAUCGUGGUUUCACAAUCGGUCGUUUCCUCAAUCGCUGUCUCUCCUUCUGCAUACUUUGGCUGGUGACCACUUACCUUUAUACGAUGUCGCUACGCGUGCUCUUCGCCACCGAUGCCAUGGCGCUAUUUGCGACCAAUGUCGCUUGUGUUUACCUGCUGUCAUGGGUCAUUCUACAUGAACAAUUUGUGGGCGUGCGGAUUGUUGCGGUCAUUCUAUGCGACACCGGUAUCGCACUGCUAGCCUAUAUGGACGGCAUUACGGAAAGUCGCACGCUGAGUGGUGUUGUGCUAGCCACGCUGGGCGCCGCCGGUUAUGCAGUAUUCAGGGUUAUGUUCCGCAAGGUGAUGGGCGAUCCACCGAUUGGUCAGAUUGCUUUUGCCUUCACCACACUCGGAUUUCUCAAUGCGCUACUGCUGUGGCCAGUUUGUGUGGGGCUGUAUUUGGCUGGCUAUGAGAGUAUGCCACCAGAUCGCAUGCCAUGGAUUAUUUUAUUAAUUGCCAGUAUUUUGUUAUUGGUUUUCCACAUACUAAUGCAAUUCAGCGCAGCUGUCACUUAUAAUAUGUUUGUAACGCUGGGUUUAAUUACAGCAGUUCCAGUUUCAGGAGCUUUAGACGUUGUGCUCUAUGGCGCCACAUUUGCGGGCAUGAAAUUGGCCGGCGUCAUAUUAAUAGCCGUUGGGUUUUUCCUAGUUAUGUUCCCCGAAAACUGGCCAGACUACAUAACACGCUUGCUAAGAAAAAGUGGUCGUGCUAUACUGCGUUACCAAUGUUGUUGUGAAUUAGCUGAAAUUCAUUAUCCCCAUGCGAAAUAUCAUCUUGUUGGGUCACAACGCGAGAUGGGGUCGAGGUCCUCGCCACGGAUCGUUAGCCGGUCAGCAUCCCACCAUUAUCGACUAUCGGACGGGAUACAUAAGGUCCCAUCUUCGGUCACCAUCUGGCCGUGUGAGAUGACUGACAUGUCGCCCACUGGAUUUCUACUCAAUAAUCAGCAACAACAACACCAGCAUCCGCAUCAACACCAAACACAUCAACAAUAUGCUGGUUAUUCCACAUCGUCGGGACCGCACUCCAGUAGCCAUAGUCACAGCAGCAGUUCAACGACACGUGCGCCACCAAUUGGCAGUGGCGGCGGUGGUGUAGGCGGUCGUUUGUUUCCCUACUUCGGAGGCGAGCACGAGCGAGAACGUAAAAAAUCCGAAACAUCGUUCUUUAAUUUAGGCUUUCGUCGCAAAUCGACGGUCGUUUAUUAUGCCUCCACUGAUUAAAGGAUUGAAUGCGUAAAUGUCUAAACGCACUGUUGUAGGGAAAUUGAAUGAUUGACACACUUACCUAUAAGAGAUAGAAUGAUGAUAAUUGUGCAAGGAAAUUAAGCGAAAAAGAAUUUAAAUUCCAUAAUUGAGGUUUGAAUUUGAAAAAUAUGAAUUUAUGCAAUUAAUGAAAUUAAUUAAAUUAGUAAUGCAAAAUUAGUUAAUAAAUGUACAUGUGGAAUUCUUCAAACGACGCAUUGCAUAAUGUACGAGGGUAAGGCUCUGAAAAUAUAAAACACCUAUUUCAAAAAUAGGCCGCAGUGAAUUAUUCUUACUGUCGAAGAAUUUUAUCAAACAAACAAAGUUAUAAUUAAUCUGUCUAUAUAGUAAUUUAAUAAAUCACCUUGAAGGUUGAAGGUAGUUUACGAGUAUAAUAUAAAGUUGAUUCUGCUCAAUUGAAAAUCUCGAAGAAUAAACACGUGAAUAACAAAAAAUUAAUAUAAAGGAUUUUAAAGCACUCACAUACCAAAUACAUACAUACAUAUGUACGUAUAUUAAUGAUUGGUGCACAUAUUUAGUAAUGGUUCAAUUGUGAAAGUUGUAUUCAUUUGAAAAUUUUAAUAAAAAAAUAUAAAAGAUGAACGAUUUAAUACAAAGGCAUAGUUAGAAUGAGUUCGAUAACUGAAAAAAAUUCCAUAAAACAUCUUAAAGUACUAUAAAAAAUGGCUUAGCAAUCGAAAAAAUAUGGUAAUACGGAGGUUUUCAGUAAUCAUGUGGAAUCUUUGGCUAAAAUAAAGGGUAUUUCAAGCGACGCGUAUGGAUGUUGUUUCCGAAUUCGAUCCUUGCUUUAAGAUAAAACAUGUAAAAAUGUAGAUUCUUUCAAGUUUCCUCUUUUUUACUCAAAAUACGACUCUUAACAAUCAUAUGCGAAGAAUGGCAUCAUUUAAAUGUCCACCAAGAGCAAGCCUACAGGCAAAUUCCGCCAAACAGUCGACUAAUGAAUACCAAAUUGUUCCACUUUGCGCUACGGCAGCAAUAUUCUCAACAGAACGUCCAGUUUUUGGUCUGCCGUCCUUCUUUUCUAUCCUCGAAUCUAAUGAAUAUCAUCGGCCAUGGGUAUGGCAUGUUUAAGUCAAUGUAAUCGUUGCAAUUCAAUGCUUUUUACAAAGACCGUGCCCUUAUAGAACUUGUGCUUUACAUUUAUGGUAGGUCUCAUACAUUUUUCUUGCGGCCGCCGGAGCCGAAUGGGUUGGUGCGUGACUUCUUCUUCUUAAUUGGCGCGAUAACCGCUUACGCGAUUUUGGCCGAGAUUAACAAAGCGCGCCAGUCGUUUCUCUCUCGUGCUAACCGGCGCCAAUUGGACACACCAAGUGAAGCCAAGUCCUUCUCCACCUGAUCUUUCCAACGCAGAGGAGGCCUUCCUCUUCCUCUGCUACCACCAGCUGGUACCGCAUCGAAUACUUUCAAAGCCGGAGCGUUUGUAUCCAUUCGGACGACAUGACCCAGCCAACGAAGCCGCUGGAUCUUUAUUCGCUGCGCUAUGUCUAUAUCGUCGUAAAGCUCAUACAGCUCAUCGUUCCAUCGUCUACGAUAUUCGCCGUUGCCAACGUGCAAAGGUCCAAAAAUCUUACGCAGAAUCUUUCUCUCGAGCACUCCAAGCGUCGCUUCAUCGGAUGUUGUCAUCGUCCAAGCUUCUGCGCCAUACGUUAGGACGGCAUGAUGAGAGUCUUGUAGAGUGUUAGUUUUGUUCGUCGAGAGAGGACUUUACUGCUCAAUUGCCUACUUAGUCCAAAGUAGCACUUGUUGGCAAGAGAGAUUCUACGUUGGAUUUCAAGGCUGACAUUGUUAUCGGUGUUAAUGCUGGUUCCUA